UAUUGCAACCCUGUGCAAUAUUAGUAUAUUAAUAGUAAAGUAGAUUUGUGGACAGAGUGUACAGUAAAUGUUGCAUAUUGUGCAGCUGAGUGUGAAGAAAUGGGGUGUACAAAAGGCGGCACAGCGUUUCCUCUCACUUGCAUCAGUUGAAGCAAGACCUUGAUCCUCUUUUUGGGUUCCUUUUGAGUAACGGCUUUGUCGCCAGGCUGAAAGAUACAGUAUAUAUAUAUACGUAUUCUUUUUGGCAUACUGUAAUACUGUUUUUUUUUCUGUCAGCAGUAAUUUUGCCAACACGUGCAUGAUGCCCGUGUUCUUCACCCUUUCGUCUGUCUUCACCCUGAGUGUCGCUUGGCUUUCGUUCAACUCCGGGGAAAUCCUCCCUACCGACGACCCAACGCUGGAAAAUGUCACGGCUCAAAUGUCCAUCAUCGCAAACUACAGCAACAUCAGCAACAUCACUAGCAAGAUGAGCAAUAGUAGCAUGAGCUAUGCUAACACCACCGAUGCUGUUACGACUUUGACUGAGCAGACAGAUACUGAAUCUGUUGCCACCACCCCAAAUCCCAUGACAACUACUCCUACCGUCCGUUCACUUUCCACCGAAACCGGACACAACCUGAAAGACAAAAGGUUGGUGACCACGGCAAAGCCUGACAGCAAAUCGGACAGCACCGGCAUCAUCAUACUGGUUUUGAUCAUCGUCAUCGCCGUCGGAUUUGCCCUGGCUUGCUACUUUGUGAGGAGACGAGGAAGGUCUGUGGACUUUUCCACGGUGAUGGGGCCCGAUGAAGCGACCAUCCCCCUCGGCACCCUGGCACCUGAAUUAGCUGUUGAUGGUGCGCCACAGAACAGUUUGCAAACCUUUCAAAGCGACGGCAAAAGAGCUGAAGAAGAUGACGAGGAGCCAGACAGGCUAAACCCUGAAACGGAGGACCGUCAACCACAUGCCGAGUCUGCAUCUAAGGCGCCACCUGAGGACAACUCGGAGAGCAAAACCAAAGACGACGAUGACGCCGAGAAGGAUCCUCUGGCACCGGUGGAGCCGGCCCACAAAACCUCAGAGGGAACUCCGAAAGAAGACCAAUGAGAACAACAGCAACGGUUUCUGGAAGGCGAUGAGCAAGCUGGAAACCCGAGUUGAAAGGCGGCCGUUCGUCAUUCAACGCCGUAAUGGACGUGAGCUGACAAGUCAUAAACUAGACGGGCAUAAUUAGGCCACUGAAACACCACCGUGUUAUUUUCCCGUCAGACUGCCUUCUGGCUUUUUAACGGCUUAAAGUUCCCCGAGACCACAUGCGUGAAAGAAUUGAGAUAAAUAUUUUGUCCGAUUUUUUAAAAACUUUUCACAGUUUCAAAAUCAGUAGACAUUUUUUUCUGUCUAUACGCAUAAUAAAAGCAACGCCAGUGCAUGAUAUGCUGCUAGCUCGUAUCUAAGAACACUUCCUAAAGGUUUGAUGCGGUUCAGGCUAGUGAAAAACCUGUCGGGACGGUUGUAAGAAAACAGCUGCUUCUGUCCUCCCUUCCGACCACAAACCAUUAGACUUUUAAAGCGCAUUAAAACUAACUGAAGAGUCUUGUAACAUCUGCAAUUUGUGCUGUGCUAGCGGUUUUCGUGAUGCGUCAAUUUUUCCUCGAGCUAUGCUCAGAUUUGUGACGAUAAACUGAAUAUUCUACAGCGUAGGAAUAAAAAAAGACAUUUAGAACGAUAAUUCAGCAAGUGAUGCUAGCUUAUACUUGCUACACAGUAUUUAGCUAAAUUAGCUAGGAGUACCUACAUCCAUGUAUUAUAGCUAUACAGAUAGCGAUACCCAUGUUAGCAAGUCAUGUUAGAGCAUCAUUAUAGCUAUGCAGAUAGCGAUACCCAUGUUAGCAAGUUGUAUUAGCAUCAUUAUAGCUAUGCAGAUAGCGAUACCCAUGUUAGCAAGUUGUAUUAGCAUCAUUAUAGCUACGCAGAUAGCGAUACCCAUGUUAGCAAGUCGUGUUACGGCAACAUUAUAGCUACGUUGAUAGCAAUAUCCUUGUUAGCAAGUCAUGUUUGAGCAUCAUUAUUGGUAUGCAGAUAACAAUAUCCAUGCUAGCAAGUCGUCUUAGCAUCAUUAUAGCUAUACAGAUAGUGAUACCCAUGUUAACAAGUCAUGUUACGGCAUCAUAGCUAUACAGAUAGCGAUACCCAUGUUAGCAAGUCUUGUUAGAGCAUCAUUAUAGCUAUACAGAUAGCGAUACCCAAUAUCCUCGUUAGCAAGUCAUGUUCGAGCAUUAUUAUUAGUAUGCAGAUAAUAUGCAGAACAAUAUCCAUGCUAGCAAGUCGUAUUAGCAUCAUUAUAGCUAUACAGAUAGCGAUACCCAUGUUAGCAAGUCGUAUUAUGGCAAAAUUAUAGCUACGUUGAUAGCAAUAUCCUUGCUAGCAAGUCAUGUUCGAGCAUCAUUAUUG